AUGGCCGAACACACCCUCCUCCUCUGUCCAUGGGUUGCUAGAGUAUGGAAUAGCCAGCAAACCAACCUACAAAUUGAUGCACAAGAAGUUAAACGAAUUGAUGACUGGCUGGACAAAUUUACAAGCAAGAAACCGCACCUCCCAUCUCUAGAAACAAUCGGCAACCUCCUGUGGCAGGUAUGGAAGGAGCGCAACAAUUUUAUUUUUCGAGGAACAAAACCAGAGGUCUGCAAAGUAAUAGAUCUAGCAAGAUCUCAGCAAAACAGCUACCAAAAGUGGGGUUAUGGAGAAGAACCAGCCGUAAAAACUGAAGAACCGAAGAACCCACCUACCUGGCGAGCUCCGAAGACCAGUUGCCUCAAGCUGAACAUAGACGAGUCGCUGGGGGAAGAAUCGACGGAGGGAGCAGUGGCCUAUGUCGUCCGCAACUCCUUCGGCACUCUCUUAGAUGGUUUUACGAAGACGGUAUGGGCGGAAUUAGUUUUACAGGUUGAAACCCUAGGGGUUCUCGAAGGCCUAAAAUUUCUGAAGGAGAAAGCACUUGACGAAGUGGUAGAAACUAACAGUAAACUAUUAGUCGACAACUUGAAGCACGAACUGCAAGCUAAGUCAAACGCAUGUGGGGCUUUGCAGGAGUGUCACCUACUGCUUCAGCAGAUGCCUCGGGUGGACUUGGCCCACUGUCCACGCUCAGCCAACUCAGUGGCGGACUAA